CAUCUAGUGGACAGAUAGCAGAACUACAUGUGAUGUGUGAUUUCUCUGACACUGACCGGUUAGACUGGUUUUCCCGUCACUCUGAUGUUGUUUAGACUUGUACUGUGAAGUUAUGAGGAUGUGACAGCGUCCUCAGAUCAAAUGCACACAGACAGCAGGACUGACGAGGGAGAAUGAGCAGCUUCUUCUCUCCCAGUGUUUCCUCUACACAUGAAGGUGGAAAGUGUCUGUAAGUUGACCUGAAGUGAGUUCAGCAGGUGUUUCUCUGCUAUGGAUCAGAGUGAGGACAGAGAGGAGGGAGUCCCUCCCUCUAAAAGCUCUCUGUGUGGGGAACAUGACAGCCAGACCAAAGCUCAGAGCUCAGAGAAGCAGCACAGACCAGACUCUGAUGAACUCAGCCAGGUGUCUGUCAAGAAUCUGCGGUCGAUGUUUGAACCUAAGAAGUUCAACGAUGGACAUAAAUCUGCUGAUCAGAGGAUCCAUCAGCUGAAACCAGAUCCUCCUGAACCCAGCUGUGUGUCCAUGAAGAGUGACCGGUCUAUGGGUCGAUUUAUUUACUUCAAACAUGGACAUCAGUCUGCUGAUCAGAGAGUUCAUCAGCAGAGCUCAGAGGUUCUCAGUGGUCAGUCUGUCCAGCAGCAUCAAACACAGCUGGACUCCAUAUUUAUGCUGCUGGAGGAGAACAUCAGCAGGUUUGUGAAGAACGAGCUGAAGAAGAUGCAGAAGGCUCUGAGUCCAGAUUACCCAGAAUGCUUAGAGAGUCAGAGUAAGGACGAGGAGGUGUUGGACGGUGAGGAGGAAGAGCAGAGGAGGAGCAGCAGAGAGGCAUUUCUGAAGAUCACACUGCACUUCCUGAGGAGAAUGAAGCAGGAGGAGCUGGCUGAGCGUCUGCAGAGCAGCAACAUGGGAGAGUGUCGACGUAAACUCAAGUCUAACCUGCAGAAGAAGUUCCAGUGUCUCUUUGAGGGGAUCGCUAAAGCAGGAAACCCAACCCUUCUGAAUCAGAUCUACACACCGCUCUACAUCACAGAGGGAGGGACUGCAGAGGUCAAUGAUGAACAUGAGAUCAGACAGAUUGAAACAGUAUCCAGGAAACCAGACAGACUAGAAACAACAAUCAGACAAGAAGACAUCUUUAAAGCCAAACCUGGAAGAGAUGUACCAAUCAGAACAGUGAUGACAAAGGGAGUGGCUGGCAUUGGGAAAACAGUCUUAACACAGAAGUUCACUCUGGACUGGGCUGAAGACAAAGCCAACCAGGACAUACACUUCACAUUUCCAUUCACUUUCAGAGAGCUGAAUGUGCUGAAAGAGAAAAAGUACAGCUUGUUAGAACUUGUUCAUCACUUCUUUAGUGAAACCAAAGAAGCAGGAAUCUGCAGGUUUGAAGAGUUCCAGGUUGUGUUCAUCUUUGACGGUCUGGAUGAGUGUCGACUUCCUCUGAACUUCCACAACAAUGAGAUCCUGACUGAUGUUACAGAGUCCACCUCAGUGGAUGUGCUGCUGACAAACCUCAUCAGGGGGAAACUGCUUCCCUCUGCUCGCCUCUGGAUAACCACACGACCUGCAGCAGCCAAUCAGAUCCCUCCUGAGUGUGUCGGCAUGGUGACAGAGGUCAGAGGGUUCACUGACCCACAGAAGGAGGAGUACUUCAGGAAGAGAUUCAGAGAUGAGGAGCAGGCCAGCACCAUCAUCUCCCACAUCAAGACAUCACGAAGCCUCCACAUCAUGUGCCACAUCCCAGUCUUCUGCUGGAUCACUGCUACGGUUUUGGAGGAUGUGUUGAAAAGCAGAAAGAGAGGAGAGCUGCCCAAGACCCUGACUGAGAUGUACAUCCACUUCCUGGUGGUUCAGUCCAAACUGAAGAACAUCAAGUAUGAUGGAGGAACUGAGACAGAUCCACACUGGAGUCCAGACAGCAGGAAGAUGAUUGAGUCUCUGGGAAAAUUGGCUUUUGAGCAGCUGCAGAAAGGCAACCUGAUCUUCUAUGAAUCAGACCUGACAGAGUGUGGCAUCGAUAUCAGAGCAGCCUCGGUGUACUCAGGAGUGUUCACACAGGUCUUUAAAGAGGAGAGAGGGCUGUACCAGGACAAGGUGUUCUGCUUUGUCCAUCUGAGUGUUCAGGAGUUUCUGGCUGCUCUUCAUGUCCGUCUGACAUUCAUCAAGUCUGGAGUCAAUCUGCUUGCAGAAGAAAGAACAACAUCCCGAUGGUCUAAAGUCUAUUUUUACCAAAGUGCUGUCUACGAGGCCUUAAAGAGUCCAAAUGGACACCUGGACUUGUUCCUCCGCUUCCUCCUGGGUCUUUCACUGCAGACCAAUCAGACUCUCCUACGAGGUCUGUUGACUCAGACAGGAAGUACCUCAAAGACCAAUCAGGACACAGUCAAGUACAUCAAGACGAAGAUCAGUGAGAAUCUGUCUGCAGAGAGAAGCAUCAAUCUGUUCCACUGUCUGAAUGAACUGAAUGAUCAUUCUCUAGAGGAGGAGAUCCAACAGUCCCUGAGAUCAGGAAGUCUCUCCACAGAUAAACUAUCUCGUUCUCAGUGGUCAGCUCUGGUCUUCAUCUUACUGUCAUCAGAAAAAGAUCUGGAUGUGUUUGACCUGAAGAAAUACUCUGCUUCAAAGGAGGCUCUUUUGAGGCUGCUGCCAGUGGUCAAAGCCUCCAACAAAGCUCUUCUGUCAGGAUGUGUGAUCACAGAGGAAGGCUGUGCUUCUCUGGCCUCAGCUCUGAGCUCCAACCCCUCCCAUCUGAGAGAUCUGGACCUGAGUAACAACAAUCUGCAGGAUUCAGGAGUGAAGCAGCUUUCUUCUGGAUUGGAGAGUCCACACUGUACACUGGAAACUCUCAGUCUGUCAGGAUGUCUGAUCACAGAGGAAGGCUGUGCUUCUCUGGCCUCAGCUCUGAGCUCCAACCCCUCCCAUCUGAGAGAGCUGGACCUGAGUAACAACAACCUGCAGGAUUCAGGAGUGAAACAGCUUUCUGGUGGACUGGAGAAUCCACACUGUACACUGGAAAGUCUCAGUCUGUCAGGAUGUCUGAUCACAGAGGAAGGCUGUGCUUCUCUGGCCUCAGCUCUGAGCUCCAACCCCUCCCAUCUGAGAGAGCUGGACCUGAGAUACAAUCAUCCAGGAGACUCAGGAGAGAAGCUGCUGGCUGCCGGACUAGAGGAUCCACACUGGAGACUGGAAACUCUCAGUCUGUCAGGAUGUCUGAUCACAGAGGAAGGCUGUGCUUCUCUGGCCUCAGCUCUGAGCUCCAACCCCUCCCAUCUGAGAGAGCUGGACCUGAGUAACAACAACCUGCAGGAUUCAGGAGUGAAACAGCUUUCUGGUGGACUGGAGAAUCCACACUGUACACUGGAAAGUCUCAGUCUGUCAGGAUGUCUGAUCACAGAGGAAGGCUGUGCUUCUCUGGCCUCAGCUCUGAGCUCCAACCCCUCCCAUCUGAGAGAGCUGGACCUGAGAUACAAUCAUCCAGGAGACUCAGGAGAGAAGCUGCUGGCUGCCGGACUAGAGGAUCCACACUGGAGACUGGAAACUCUCAGUAUCGCCUGUUCCUGUUUACCUGUGGCUGUUCCUGUCCUCCGGCUUCGGUCCUGUCAGGAGAGCCCAGAAAACUCCAGCUUGGUCAACCUCAUGUCCGUGAGUGCUACUGGCAUUGUCUUACCUGCUGUAACUGUCUUCAGUGACCCUGAGCCCAGCCUGUCCCCCUACACAUCCUGUGAAGGUAGAACCACUGUGACCACAUCUGGAUCUGAAUUCACCUGGACAAAGAAGCAGCACAGACCAGACUCUGAUGAACUCAGCCGGCCGUCUGUCAAGAAUCUGUGGUCGAUAUUUAAAUUGAAGAAGUUCAGUGAUGAACAUAAAUCUGCUGAUCAGAGGGUUAAAAACAUGAACUACAGCACCACAUCAUCAGAUCUCAGUAUGUUUUAA